AUGGAGGGUGGGCUCAAGAGAAAAGACACCACAAAAGGGCCGCCUUUGCGCAUCUUAUCGCUCGAUGGCGGAGGCGUCCGUGGUUAUUCCAUGUUCCUCAUCAUCCAGGAGUUGAUGCACCGCACCUUUGUCGAAAUCGAAGGCAGAGCACCGCGCCGCUCCGAGAUUCCCAAACCAUGCGACCACUUCGACCUUAUCGUCGGUACCGGCACUGGCGGCCUGAUUGCGAUUAUGCUUGGAAGGUUACGGCUCGAUCUGGAGACAUGCAAGGAACUCUAUGUGCGCCUUACCCGCAAGGUCUUUGAGACGGACAAGACCAUUGCCGGCAUUCCCUACCGAUCUACCAUAUUCAAGGCGACAAAGCUGGAGGAAGCCAUUCAGGACUGCGUGAGGGAACAUACCAUCAACGACAGGGAAGGAAACGACGGCGCUGUCUCGGAUACCUUCAGUCCUUUGAGUGCCGUCUCCCGCUCAAGCGCCGCCUCUUCUUAUCCCAGAAGACACGCCAGCAAUGCCAGUGUCGUUAGUUUUAGCGCAAGGAGUCCUAGUGCACAAUCAGCAAAACCGGCAUUCUCUUCGCGCUGGGGAAAUCCCCAUGCUCGUCUGUACGACGAGAGGGAAAACCGGACAAAAACUGCCGUGACGGCCAUGUACAAGGGAUCUCCUAGAAACGCGAAGCCAGCUGUGCUUCGCUCCUACGACUCGAGAAAGGAACCUGCCCCCGAAUUCGAUUGCACGAUUUGGCAAGCAGGCCGAGCCACCUGCGCUAUUGGACUUGCCUUCAAGCCCAUACAAAUCGGCCAGUCUAUUUUUCAUGAUGAUGGUGCUGGCGUCUUUAACCCUUCCAUGUACGCCCUGGAUGAAGCGGUAGUUAACGAGUGGCCCGGACGGGAAGUUGGGGUAUUCGUCAGUGUUGGGACAGGAAAGCGGCCAAAGGGAAGUGACAUGAACUCCACUCUCUGGUACGAGGGGUUUAUGGGCGAGUUCGCGGACGCACGGAGGAAGUUGAUUGCCAAGAUCGAGGGGUGCGAGAAGAUUCACGAGAUGAUGAAGAAGGAGCAUCUGGUAAAGCGUGGCGUCAACAUUGAGAACUACUACCGCUUCAACGUUGAGGUCGGCGUUGGCGAGUUUGGUAUGAACGAGUGGCACAGGUUAUCCGACAUCAGCACAAACACCAGGCGAUAUUUGCAGCGGGACGACGAGCAGAGAAUGGUUCAGGGCGCAUCGGCCAAGCUUGCAAAGAUCCACUUCGCAAAGCAGCGAUGGGAGCGUGCCAACAGCAACAGCACCGCACCUGGCCCUAUUCCCGAAUUGAUCAAGACUACACCCAGCAUUUCCAUGCCCCUAGCUGUCGAACUACCUGGCGAUAUGCCAAUCUACCCUCCCCAGCGACUCGGCACGCCACCAAGCCGACAGUCCUACGAAUCCGGCUUCGACGCGCUCUCUGUUCCAGGACAUAGCGCUAAUGGCAUCAACACUCCCUCGCCCAGAUCCUCAGCCGAGCGCGUUCACUCGGCAAAAAGCAGCAGCAGCCACCUAGCGCCCAGUCGUCCAGCCCCCGCCGUCCCUCCUCCAGCCUCAUUCGGGACCGACGACUCAGACAAACUCGUCGCCAUCGCCCCAACUCCCGCACAAUGGCGCAACGCUUCAGGGCAAGAUAAGAUCGCCAUCGUUACCGAGGACGACCAGCCCAGGCACCCCUGGUAUCCUGGAUACCAGAACCAGCAGUACCAGCAGCAUUUCCAGUACCCGCCGAGGAUAGAACCGCCACCACUCCCGCCCAAGACGCCCUUGUCCUCGGCAGACGGACUGAUCUCCCCGAUUAGUCUCAAUGGCAGGCAGAACACCCUGCCGGCUGCGUAUGUGCCGUAUCCGAUUGACGAUGACGAGGAGCCACCUGUUGUGAACAUGGCGAGGAAACCUAAUUAUAAUGUGAGGUGAAGGGGAAAAGAUGCGCAUGAUACCACGAGUGAGGAAUGA